CUUUUUUUUUUGUAAAUUCCUGAAGCGUGCAUAUAUUUCUGUUGAGACAAGGUAAUGGAGUCGUCACGUAAGAUCCAGCCGGUCGUCAUCCUGCUUCUCCUGCUCAUUGUGGCCACCGGUAUGGCGCCGGCGGCGGUGCAGGCGAGGGAAUGCGAGAAGGACAGUGAGAGAUAUGUUGGGAUGUGCACGUCCAGAGUGAACUGCGCCAACGUGUGCCGUGGUGAAGGCUUCAUGUCUGGCAAGUGCAGCACCUUCCGCGACCGCUGCAUCUGCACCAAGCCGUGCUAAUUAAACCAGAGAGCGAUUUGCAUGAUGCGCGUGCCUGCGACUGCUGCUACUCGAUCGUCUCGGCAUUUCAUUUUUCGAUGAUGGGCUUGUGUAUUAUUAAUUAAUUUGGUUUAUUUAUUUGUUCCAACAAUAGAACAUACUGCUCCUGGCAAGGAGAUCUAUGCUUGCUUGCUUUAUUACUCAUAAUUAUUAAAGAAUUUUAAGUGUCCAUGCAUUUUACAUCGAGAUA